AUGCUUAUUCUCGCGGUAUUUCAUAGUCAGCGUACACGUCACACGGAGACAGAACUGGAGAAACAUGGCGGAGCGGAGGAAGCAGAAGAAGAGGAUCCAGGAAGUUGGUGAACCAACCAAGGAGGAGAAGGCAGUUGCUAAAUAUUUCCGCUUUAAUUGCCCUACCAAAUCCACAAACAUGAUGGGCCACAGAGUGGACUACUUUAUAGCUUCAAAAGCAGUAGAUUGUCUUUUGGAUUCUAAGUGGGCAAAAGCCAAGAAGGGAGAGGAGGCCUUGUUCACUACCAGAGAGUCUGUCGUAGAUUACUGCAACAGACUCCUGAAGAAGCAGUUUUUCCAUCGAGCCCUGAAAGUAAUGAAAAAGAAGCCAGAAAAGGAAUUGAAGAACGAGAAGGAAAAAGAGAAAGAAAAGGAAAAAAGCAAGACUGACAGUAGCAAAGAGGAGGAGAAAAAAAACAAGAAGGAAGUGGCCAAGGAGGAGAAGAGCAAGAAGGAGAAAGACAAGAAGAAAGAAGCAGAAGUAGCAGAGACCAAAAAGGAGAAAAGCGAUGAAAGUCCAGAAACACCAAAGAAGAAAAAAGAGACCAAGAAAAAAUUCAAAUUGGAGCCACAUGAGGAGCAGAUCUUCUUGGAUGGAAAUGAGGUGUAUGUUUGGAUUUAUGACCCAGUUCAUGUUAAAACAUUUGCCAUGGGGCUGAUAUUAGUUAUUGCGGUGAUCACAGCCACCCUUUUCCCUCUCUGGCCAGCAGAAAUGCGUGUGGGUGUCUAUUAUUUGAGUGUGGCAGCUGGUUGCUUUGUUGCCAGUAUCCUUCUCCUUGCAGUGGCUCGUUGCAUUCUGUUCCUCAUAAUCUGGGUCCUGAGCGGAGGCCGCCACCACUUCUGGUUCCUGCCGAACCUGACAGCCGACGUUGGAUUUAUCGACUCCUUCAGACCUCUUUACACCCAUGAGUACAAGGGGCCUCGAUCAGACUCUAAGAAACCUAUCGACGACAAAGCAGAGGACGCAGUAAAGCCCCGGAAAUCAGACAGCGAGGAAAAGUCAGCCAACGAAAAGAAAGAAAUGGAGGCUACGGGGGAGGGGGAGGAUGAGGAAGGGAAAGCACCAGGCAGUUUAGCAGCAGGGGGCUCGGCCGGGGAGAGACAGUCAGACACGGACAGUGAUCGCAGAGAGGAUGACGGUUCACAGCACAGCAACGGCAAUGACUUUGAGAUGAUCACCAGAGAGGAGCUGGAGCAGCACACUGACGAGGGGGAUGUUGAGGAAGAGGGUGAGUACGAGGAAGAGGAGGAGGAGGAGGAUGAUGAGACAAAGCCUUUACCUAAAAAAACAUAAAAACAAAUCCUUCCGCUCUCAACGAGGACUACUAUUAAUAAUGUGCAGAAGAGAGAGGCUUUUCUAUGUUGGUCAAUCAUUCUACACCUGGUAACUUUGUUUUACACAAAAAGCCUUAUUAUGAGCUCCAGCCACUGCCAAAACAUUCUCACUUUUCAGAGUUCCCUUAUUCUCAGAGUUUUGUUCCCCAUUAUUAUUUUCAGAACGUGCACUUUAUGUUUGACACUGUUACUCUGUAGUAGCCUGAAGCUUGUAUCAGCAUUUUCAAUCUGUUCCAGUGUAUGCAAAGGUUUCCUGCAUGUGUGUUUGUACAACUGAAAUUUUCAAGUUAAAUAAUUGAAAAACCUUUAUCUGACAGCUGACACAAUACAGAUGACAUAUGAAGAAAUUAAACUUUGCAGGUAGUGGCACCCGGUGGUUUGGGGAUUUUUAAGGGCCCUGUAGGUUGAACCGUUAACUGCUCAACAUGCACACAAUUGGUUUAUAAUGUCAAACUUAACAAUGAAUAAUGCAAAGGACACCCAAAACAUCUUGUGCUCUUCUAAAAGGCAUCCUUCAAGUCUUUUUAAGAAUGUGUUUUUUUUUUUUUUUUUUUUUGUACCCAGCAGCAUUUUCUAGUUAUAUUUAAAACCAUAAUUAAAAGCAGUUUGUCCUUUUAAAUACCAUGUGUAAUACAACCUCCUGUCUCAAACAAUUUAUGAAAGCGCUGUGUAGAAGCAGCUAACUUGUGUAUGUUGAUGAUUUAAAAAAAAAAAAAAAAAAACUGUCAGUAGUUGGUUACCAACAUAGGAAAUCUGAUUUCUUUGUACAUCAUUACAUUGACUUUUCCAUCUGCAGCAUGGUGCAGCCAGCUAAUGCUGGGAACAAAUCUGGUAAACUAAGGACACAGUAAUAUAAAACAAAAUAUUGGUAAGAUUAAAAUGAGGGACAAUGAUAAAAAAUAAAAAUAAAAUAAAAACAUGUCAUUUUUCUGGACUUUUUAGUUUAUAAAGUGUUCUAAAAUUAAAUUGGUUCUCUUGCAGAUCAGUGCUAAUGCAAACACAGAAUUGUGCCAAAACAUCAGCAGUUACUAAAUGCAUGUUCAUUAUUAGAAGUCAUUUUAAUAAUGCUUUUUUAUAUAAAUACAAAAUAUAUGUGGUGAUGAACAGUAUAAUUUUAUAUGCAACAUAAAAAUGUAUGAUUACAUCAGUACUGAUUAUUUACAUAGGAUCCAUCAAAGUAAAAAUAACAGCAUGGUUGCUUUCAGUAGAAUGGAGUUUAAUGUUUAAGGCCAAUCAGUAUUUGUAAUUCAGAAUAAGAAUACACCAAGGAUAAUGGAGAAAUGCUUGGACUUGGACCUUUAUGGUUGACAGUAAGUUAUUGAAACUUGAUUUAAAAUAGGCCUGUAAUGCAAAAUAAAAAAUUCAGUUGACCUUAUUUUAAGUAAGUUCCUUAAAUACAUAUGUAGACUAGACUGGGGUAGGGCCAUUAUGUACAUAAUUAAUUAACAUUUGUAUAGACAGCUGCAAUUAUUAUUAUUAUUAUUAUUAUUAU